GGCGGGGAAGGAAGGUGGUGGCUGCCCGGCGCGGGGAGGGGGGAGGGGGGCGCUGACCCGGAUGUUCACUCUUGGGCACCCGGGGAAGUGGAAGCGCAGGGCCCUGCUGCGGGGGGGAGAGCCACAGACGCCGGGACAGGGAUCGUCGCCGCCGCCGCCACCAUGAGCGAUCAGCAGCUGGACUGCGCCUUGGACCUGAUGAGGCGCCUGCCUCCACAGCAGAUUGAGAAGAACCUGAGCGACCUCAUCGACCUGGUCCCCAGUCUGUGUGAAGAUCUCCUGUCUUCUGUUGACCAGCCCCUGAAAAUUGCCAGAGACAAGGUGGUGGGCAAGGAUUACCUUUUGUGUGACUACAACAGAGACGGGGACUCCUAUAGGUCACCGUGGAGUAACAAGUAUGACCCUCCUUUGGAAGAUGGGGCCAUGCCAUCUGCUCGGCUCAGAAAGCUGGAGGUAGAGGCCAACAAUGCCUUCGACCAAUACCGAGACCUGUAUUUUGAAGGUGGUGUCUCUUCAGUCUACCUCUGGGAUCUCGAUCAUGGCUUUGCUGGGGUGAUCCUCAUAAAGAAAGCUGGAGACGGAUCGAAAAAGAUCAAAGGCUGCUGGGAUUCCAUCCACGUGGUGGAAGUGCAGGAGAAGUCCAGUGGCCGUACUGCCCAUUACAAGUUGACCUCCACGGUGAUGCUUUGGCUGCAAACCAACAAAUCCGGCUCGGGCACCAUGAACCUGGGAGGCAGCCUGACCAGACAGAUGGAGAAAGAUGAAACUGUGAGUGACUGUUCCCCACACAUAGCUAACAUCGGGCGCCUGGUGGAGGACAUGGAAAACAAAAUCAGAAGCACGCUGAAUGAGAUCUACUUUGGAAAAACAAAGGACAUUGUCAACGGGCUGAGGUCUGUGCAGACGUUUGCAGACAAAUCAAAACAAGAAGCGCUUAAGAACGACCUGGUGGAGGCCUUGAAGAGAAAGCAGCAGUGUUAAAGACCUCUGCUUCAUGCUAACCGGACACGCCAUGCACUCGUUAGGUUCCUUUCUUUAGAAAACUCGUUUUCUGCUCCUUUUCCCUCUUCCUUUCCCUCCCUGACAGGUCACAUAACCGUUUGCAUCGACCACGCAGCGCCAUCUUCCCCCCCAAAAUAAAGUCCGAUAACCACCCUCCUCUGGCUCCAAGGCCUGCUUCCCACGACGUUUCCAUAGAGACCUGUGGUUUUGUUCGCCUGUCCCCUCCCUUCCCUUGCCCAUUUAUAGGCACAGAUACACUGUCUGACACCGCUCCCUCCAUCUUUUUGUUACAUUGGUGUAAAAAAUGUAAAACAAAAAAAUUUUAUGAACUAACUGGUGUGUGAAAGAGAAGAAAAACUGGAGCUCUGAUCCGUGUGUGUUUGGGAGUUGCUUGGAGCCGGGGCCGGGGGACAGGGGACAGCUAUGGAGGAAGGAGAGAUGUCCUCAGCACUGUCCUGCGCAGGUGUACCCUUGUCCUGAGGAGACCACGGUGAGGGUGGGAGCUGGCGACCGGCUGCUCUUCUGGCCAGGUGCUUUUCUGUCAAUUUUUAUGGAAUGCAAAAGGAGUUUUUGUUUUAUUUUGUUUUUUUGUAAAGCUUAAACAGACAAAAUCUACAUCUUCUACUUGAGCCUCCAUACUUAAAAAAAAAAAAAAGGAAAAAAAAAGAACAAAAAAUAAAUAAAAAGAAACUG